AUGCCUUCAAAUACACAAACAGACGAAUCAGAAGCUUCAGGCCAGAGUGUUCUUCCACUCGCGCGGAUAAAAAAGAUCAUUCAACUAGACGAAGAUAUUGCACAGUGCUCUCACAAUGCGACUUUUCUUAUUGCGAUAGCUACCGAACUAUUUAUUCAAUAUCUCGCCGAGCAAGGAUACAAUGUCGUCAAGUCGGAGCGCAAGCCGCGAAAGAUGAUUCAAUACAAAGACCUCGCCACCGCAGUCUCACGAAUCGAUAACCUCGAAUUCCUCGCUGACGUAAUCCCCAAGACGACGACGUAUCGACAAUAUAAAGAGAAACGCGCUCGCGAAGGCGCACAGGACGUGCCGAAGACAGAAAUGGGACAACCAAGCAAUGCAGCGACAGGACAAAAUGGCGUCGCUCGUUUGCCGGGAGGACAGACAACGCUUUUUGCAGCGACGAAUGGAAGUAGAGCUAAUAUGGUGACUGAGAAUCCUAUACCGACAGUAUCGAUGAUGAUUGAUCCAACGGGUAAUGAAGCUGCGAACGGGGAUGUUGAAAUGACUGGAUAA